UUAUAUAAACCUCUGAAAAUAUUGAAGGAUUCACAAAGGACGGCAGACAAGAUCAGAUCAGAGAGUUCUGCCCGCUGUAUGAACAGAAGGUAAAGACUGGCUAAGAACUACAUCAGUAUUUGUUUUGUGGGAUAAAUAAAUGUUAAAAUUACGCUUUUUUUUCUCCUCAGCAUGGUUACCCCGUCGCCAUUGUGGCUCUUGCUUGUGUGCACUGCUAUACCUUUUGGCUGCAGUCAGCACUGGUCAUAUGGACUGAGCCCAGGAGGGAAAAGGGAGCUGGACAACCUGUCAGACACUCUGAACAAUAUAGUCGAGGGGUUUCCACAUGUGGGCCCAGCCUGCUGUGUUUUGGGCUGUGAAGAAGAAUCUCCUUUCUCUGAGAUGAGGAAAAGAGGAUUGCUUGAUAUUAUCACCAGCAGGGAAAGUGGACACAAAAAAUAUAAAAAAUGAUCAUCAUUUCAUGGUACAAUAAAUACUGUGAGCAUGUUCA